GAAUGGCCGAGGACUCGCCCAAGCGGCGCAAGGCCAAUUUCAACGAGGCGGAGACGGAGGUGCUGAUCGAGCAGGUGCUGAAGCACGAGCGGCUGCUGUUCGCGGCGGGGCCGGGCCGCGCCUCCCCGGGCCAGAAGCGAAAGGUGUGGGAGCUGAUCCGGCACAAGGUGAACCCGGUGGCCGCCUGUCCGCGCGACGUGGAGGACCUGAAGAAGCGCUGGCGGGACCUGAAACGCCGCGACCGCAGCAAGCUGUGCCGCCUGUCUCAGGGCGGCGGGCCGCCGGGCCCCGCUGCAGCCCUCGGCCUCUUGCUGGCCCCCGAGGAGCUGCCGCCCGGCGCCGCGCCCGCCCCCCGCCCCCACCACCACCACCACCACCACCACCACCACCUGCACCCCCGCGCCUACGGCUCCCUGCUGCACGCCGAGGCCGUGCCCAUCGUGGGCGGCAUCGACACGUUGGAGCUGCCCGGCGCUGCCGUGGGGGAGAUGGGAUUUAACGAUGAUCCUGGCCCAUCUCAUCAACCCGGUCUUGAGAAGAUAAACCUAAAAGAAGAGAUAGUGGUGAAAGUGGUAGAGCCGGAGGAAAGCUCUGAGGACAUGGCAGUAGUCCCACCUAGCCAGGAGCAGCUGCCUUAUCUGGGGACAUCUGGUGGUGCUUCCUCAGGGAAGGUAAAAGCCAAAUCAAAAGGCAGAUCCCAGGCAGACCAAAUCGGAAUAACUGAAGCGGACCUAGUGCAGAUUCAGCAGACCCAGAUGCAGGUGAUUCAGUCUGGCUUUGACAGUGUCAACCACAAUCUUCAGCUGCUGCAGCAAGGCAUGCAGGAUCUGAGUAACAGCCUCAGCAUCAUGGCGCAUACGCUUGUUGCUAUCAAAAACGUCUACGUGAAAAACAACACCGGCCCAACUACAUACACCACCACCUCUACUCAGACCACAGCCGGGUACCUGAGCCCGGGUUCUCCCCAGGUUUCCCCUGCUGAGGACAGAGGCCGGGUGCAGAUGGCUGGAAGCAGCAGCAGGAGCAGCAGCUGCAGUUCCAGCUCUACAUCCCAGGAACCAGGUCCUUCAGAGUUUCCCAGGCCCCCCCUGAGAACCAUUAAGAAAGAACAUCCAAACGGCUGCUACUACUUCUGCUUUGCAGACAUGUAAAACUUGAAUAUAUGUACAGUGACUGUGGUGUUAGGUGCUGUUGUUUGUUCUGCUCCAGCCUGUGACUUGAAGGAGCAAAGUGGACUUGCCCCCCGCAUUUUUUCCCAGUGGGAAAUGUUUCUCUAUAGGAGGUGGCAUUAAACACUAAAUACCAGUUCUGUUUGUUAACUCAGUUUCAGUUGGCUAAUGUUUUUCUGCUGUUCUCUUUAUCCUCUUACUCUCUCAAAAACAAACAGAUUUAUUUUGGCUAUAACUCUUGUCUGUAUUACCCUUUGUUUAAUGUGACCUUUUGGAAAAUAAAAGGCAUGAGAUUUGGGUGAAAAAGUAACGUUAUGGUUACUGACUACCAGGAGCUGUCUUACAUGAGUUGCUUAGUUGUUUUUGUUUUUUUUUUUUUUAUUAAACAAAUGGCAAAAUGAGCUGGUGUUUUUAAGUAGUUGCUUUUUGUAAUACUUAUAACUGUUCGCUUGUUUGCUGUUGGUUUGAGGUUUUGUUUUUCUAAGUCUCAGCUGUGCAAGGAAGAUAUGGCAGGAAGGGUCGGAUACACCUGCUUCCCUGAGGAAUGGUUUUAGGAUUGAGCUGUUGAUGAUGAAUGUGCUUCUCCAAAUUUGUACAGCAUUGCUCCAUUUGGCUGCUGCUCAUUCCCAGCUUGCCAAAUGCAUCUUCUCAGAGGCAUUGUGUUUUAUUUCACUAGCAGAGCAGGCUAUUUCUUGUGAUAUUAUUAAGAUAGAGACAUAAAACAAAAACAGUAACUGAUGAGUGAUGCUUGGCUUUGACAUGGAAUGACAUUUCUUAUUAUGGCUUGUAAGCAGAUUUUGCAAGCUUUCUGGAAUUGGUAUCACUUGAAAUACAAAGAACAAAAAAACCUU